CUGCCACCGUUGCUGGGAGGCUCCGAAUGUUGUCCUUUCUGUCAAAGGUGCAGAACUCAGCAGCGGAAGUCAGAACUUUUAGCUUGAGGUCGUCAAAGUCCGAUAUCGAAGGAAUUUCCAACUAAUGAUUUGGAAAAUAUAUAAUUAAAUGUCUCAACAGUCAAAAAUAGCAUGUUACACAGCCUGGGCAAAUAUGCGAUGUUCAUCACUUGAUCGACCACUCAAUAAUGUAUUUACAGAUCUAUUCGCAGGCACUCAUUUGAAAUCCUUGUUAGAAGGUUUCAUUGGAAAGUCAUCGAAGAAUAUGCGCAGCAUGACUUGCUGCCACUCAAGCCGGCAAGUUGCAGCACAGUUUGAGUUGCUACUGGUUGAACUGCGGGCAGCUGGCAUUUUACCAGAGAAUAGCGAAAUUGAUUGUGGCACGAUUGCCAAGAAAAACACGAAACGUAUAAUGGAACUGCUGUGGAGGUUAAUAGUGCAUGAUAUCCAGUUCACCUGGGAACGAUCCAGCCAACUGCUGCUUGACAAUGACAAACUGGUCUGCUCUGUUUGUUUCAAGUGGACCCCAAAGGUUCAAUCACUAGACCAGGAGAAGUCUAUUCAAGAAACAAAAACACCUCUGUCAUUUUUUGAUGAACUUGAGAUCUCAACAGAUUCUACAGAAAAAUCUUCUAUUUCUUCUGUGAUUAAAUCAUUACAAUCGCAGGAUUUUGAGCCUUUUCCAGGUCGUGAGGUAGCUAAAAUAUUUAACAAGAAGAUUCCUAAAGAAGGCUGGGAUUACUACCCUUCCGGUGUUGAAUGCAUCCUGGAUCUCGUUAAUGCCCAUUUACAGAUUGCAUCUGAAGGCCACAAACUCCUUAUAAAAGAUUUAAGUGACUUGGUCGACAGUCAUGUCUGGUGCUAUCUGGUAAAUUCCUUCAUGCCUGGCACAUUCAUUGUGGAAAUGCUGCCAUGUGACAGAUGGAUAACAAAUCUUGCUUUAAAAACAAUGGAAGAAUUUAUUUGUACAUCAACCUCGUUUACAUCACAAGAUCUGCUUGAGGUGGAUUCUAAGGCUCUCUGCACCUAUAUGUGUUUUAUUUUUAUGAGUGGCUACAAAUUCAAGCAAUCCAGAGCAGUCACAAACUGCAUUAGAGAGCUACAUCUUUUAACGAAUAAGUUACAGUCACAAUUGAAAACCUUCACUGCCAAAGGCCUGGAGUCAGUUCAAUCUACUCAAAAAAGCGAGUUACAGGAAAAGCUGGAGAAAAUCAAAAAUGAAUUGAGCUGGCUUCAUGCUUCAUAUGAUGUGCCAUUCUGCCAGAAUUGGAGUGAGCUUGCUUACAAGGUACAAAAAAAGACAAAGGAGUCUAUUUCUCGGAAAUUGAUAGAGCUGUUUGAGACAGUUGUUGUACCGAGAAAUAUGUCAAUGAAUGAGCUAUGCUUGUCAUUGGCAAUUGCUUUCACCCAAACUAAUUGCUUCUAUCUUGCAACUGAAAAAGAGACCUUCCCUGAAAGUAGGAAGAUAGUUCUUCAGGAUAAGAAGACUAAGAAAUUUGUUGAAGAUUUCUCAGGAUAUCAACGUAAUGUCUCAGUUCGAAGGAUCUUGAAACUUCCUUUAACUGGGGUGGUUGAGGUUAAUCCAAACGCUUAUCCAGAUUAUCAUUUAUUUUUUGAAAGUAAGACAAGAAAUAAGAAGCUGAAGAUGAACAUGUGUGUUUUGUACCAAGUAUUUCCUGGUAGCCCGGGCUACUGGCAGCGAGCUUUCUUACAAGCUGUGAAAAAUGGUGACUUCCAAGUUGUGAAAAACAUGGCUCAGUUCUUCAAGGAUUCAUGUAUUGAUGUUAUCCAUUCAAAAGAAUCAGGGUCUGGCAAUGGAUCUCUGCAUUUGGCAUGUCAGAAGGGCCAUUUUGAUAUAACUCAUGAACUGUUGGAGAAUGGAGUGUCUCUUGAUGCAAGAAAUGCCAAUGGGUUAACUCCAUUCUUCUUUGCAGCAGGGAGACAGCAUCGUAAAAUAUGCCAGCAGCUUUUAAUUGAAUGGGGUUGUGAUGUGCAAGCGAAGGACUUGAAAAACCGUACAGCAUUCGAUGGAAUUCGAAGUGAAAAAUUCAGGAAGUUCUUGCUGAGUUACUAUGCAUAUUGGUCAUCAGCAAUCCCCAGUAUUAUCCUUGGGCACACAGAUAUUCUUGAAGAUAUAGUUCACAAUCACUUAACAAAUAUGAGUUUCAUGAGCAGCCCAAGAAGCAGGUGUAUUAAUGGAAGCACAUUAUUACAUACUGCUGCAUACUUUGGGAAAACAGAUAUCAUUGAAACACUUCUGCAAUUGAAAGUUGAUAUUAACCUGUUGGAUUACAAAGGAGCAAUCCCAUUACAUCGGUCACGUGAUACAGAGACAAUGCAGUUGAUGAUACAUCAUGGUGCUGAUGUAAACAGGGCAGAUGUGGACGGCAAUACACCAUUGCAUGUUAUAUGCUUUGGUGAAAUGAAGAAACCAGCUAGAUUAGACUGUGUAGAAAUUCUGCUGUCUCAUAAAGCUGCAAUAGAUAGAUGGAACAAUAAAGAGCUGCUGCCAAUCCAUUGUGCUGCGAUGCAAGGCAGAAUCGAUGUUAUAGAGCUUCUGCAGAAGUUUGACUCUGAGGAACAAAUGGCCUCAAAAUUAAUGAAGGGAAGUGCUCCAAGUUUGCUCUACAUAUCUCUGGCCAAUAAUCACAUUGAAUGUACAAGAUGGCUCAGUGAUAAGGGCUUCACUUUUAACGCUGAGGAACAGGAAGAAAUGAUGUUUGGAUUACUGCAUGAUGAAAUGAAAAUGUCAGAAAAACUUGAAAGUCUGGAAUUACUUAUAAAGAACGGAGUCAAUAUUAAUGCACUUGACAAACAUGGCAACAGUGCUUUGCACCUUGCUGCUGUUAAAGUUAGUUGCAAUGAACUUCUGACAUUACUGCUAUCAAACAAUGCCAAGGUGGAUGCAUUGAAUCGUGAUCACUGCACUCCUCUGUUCUUUGCAGUUCAGACAUCAAACUAUUAUGGGGCAAGUCUUCUCAUAAAACAUGGGGCAGAUAUCGAACAAAAAAAUAAUCAAGGUGUUAGUGCAUUUGAUUUAAUUCAAGAUUAUCAUGAAUGGAUUGAGAGUGGUUGCUUUACAGAGGAGAUAAUUGUUUUAUUAAAGGCUUAUGAAAUCAAGCAGGCUUGCAGCCUUGUUCAAAAUAUUAACAGGAAACUGAAGAUGGAGGAAGCAAGUCAACAGUCAUCUAUCAAGCAACUGAGACAGGCAUCUUUAAGCCAACCUUGCUUUUGGGUUCAAACGUAAUCAAAAAUAUUCUGCUUACAAAAAAUGUAAUAUCUGGUGCUCUGAUACCCAAUGAUCAUUUCUGGUGUUAGUGACAUAAACAGAUUGUAACGGGAAUUUAUGAAUAUUAGGCAAAAAUGUCUACAAUGCUAUUCAAUCAAUAAGUUGAGAAUGUUUUGAUUUCGACAUCAUGUUGUCAAUCUUACUAUAUUCAGAAACCAGGUUUGACUUAUACAUAAAUAUUAGUUUCUCUUUGGAGUUUUAUUUAAUUAAGACAAUUUUUUUGUUUCUCACAUUGCAUCAUCAGAAACUAUUAAUAUAUUUUGUGGCUUAUUUUCUCUUCAGUUUUUUUUAAGCUGUUGCCUUCAUGUCAAUUUUGGAAAAGAUAUGAUUAUUUUUGAAAUAGUACCCUUUUUUCCUUUCCAUGUCAGCCAGCAGUAGCUGAGCGAAGCUCAUGAUAAAGCAAAUUCCUGAUGGUUUGUGGAAUACAUGGCCUCGAUGGUUUAAUAGGCCCCUUCCUGUUUUUCACUGAGAGAUGCUCACUGAUGCUCAGGGCUAGUAAUUUAUAUGUAGUAUGUUUAAAAUAAAAACCUCAUAAAGUAAAAUUUGCAUUAUUCAACAUUCUAAAUUGGAAUGUUCCUCCACCAGCACUGCCAAGUGCUUGUAAGAAGAGAUUUUUUAAUCUGUUGCCAGGUUACAAAAUGUAGUAUUCCAUGAGCAGUCACUCACACCAACAUAAGAUGUGAGCACUGAAAACUAUACUUACAGCAUUUAUGACAAGUGGUGCUCAGACUCUCACAAAGAUUUGAAAAUCAAGGGCCAGGUCAGAAUGUUCUUUGUGGAGCUCUGCAUUAUCAUAAUGACAGACUGACUGUGUCACAAUGUUUGCCCAGAAUAUUUACAGGUAAAGGACAAUGAUUGCGUUUUGAACAUUGGCUAGUUUUAAACAUAAGUAAUAGCCAAAUUUAAUAAAAAUACUGAUGUUAUCAGUCUAAAGUAAUUGAUGUAAAGUCAGCUAUAAUCAGUUACCUGAGUAGCUGAAUUAUUAGCUGCAGAGUUAUUCAUUUCAUUGAGUUUGCAGAACUGUGUGUUUCAGAUAUAUGCUGGAUAAUGCAAAUAUGACUGGACUUUUUCUGAUUUUUCUGAAUUAAACUUAGUAAUAUAUUAAGUUCCACAUCUAGAUGGAAUACCAAUACGCCAAACAUAUUUCUACGUGUGAUUGUAUGAAAUUUCCUACUAAUUUCUAACUGGGUCCCAGUUAUCACCUGUUGAUCAGCAGUCUAAAUGAA